GGUAGCAAGAACUGCGAAUCACCAUAUGUUUCAUUGGUGAACUGUACAGCUAGUCUCAUUUCCCUUUUUCUGCUUGUUCAGCAGUAUUGACAAAACAUGCUUACAUUGAAAUUUUUACGCGUGUCGUUCCAUUACACGCGAUUUGCUUACAUUCAGAAUUUUAGCUGUUGCCUACCUAAAAGUGAAAGGCAACUGCAUCAGUCACAAUGUUGUAUGAUAAAAUGUCCAACUUUUCAACUUCACAAGAAAAGUGAGCUGAAGCGUCGAUUAAAAGCAGAGGCUAAAGCUAAAGAGAAAGCUGAAAAGGCCGAAAAGGCUCCACCAGUGGCAGACGGACCAAAGAAGAAAGAUGCCAUUAAAGAAGAAGACAUCAACCCUAACGAAUACUUCAAGCUAAGGAGUUCGGCUGUUCAACAGUUGAAAUUAUCCAAGUCCUCACCUUACCCACACAAAUACCAUGUUGAUACUUCUCUGCAAGAGUUCAUUGAAAAAUUUACUUACCUUAUCAAAGAGCAAGCAUUGCAGGACCAGACUUUUAGCGUUGCAGGUCGUGUUCACGCGAUUCGAGAAUCUGGGCCUAAACUUGUGUUCUAUGUCCUUCAAAGUGAGGGAGUAAAACUUCAAAUUAUGGCGAACCUGCAGUCGUAUGAAUCCUCAGAACUCUUCUAUGAUGACGUCGACAAAAUUAAGAGAGGAGACAUCAUUGGCGUGAAGGGUUAUCCUACCAGAACUAAAACUGGGGAGCUCUCGAUCGUUCCACGAAAAAUGGAGCUGCUCUCCCCAUGCCUUCACGCUAUGCCUCAUUACUAUGGCUUGAAAGAUAAGGAAACCCGCUUCCGCCAACGUUAUUUGGACCUCAUUGUCAACACGGACGUGAGAAAGAAGUUUUACAUUCGCUCUCAGAUUAUCUCGUACGUCCGCAGAUUUCUCGACAACAUGGGAUUCCUGGAGGUAGAAACGCCCAUGAUGAACAUGAUUGCUGGAGGCGCUGCUGCCAAACCCUUUGUCACGCACCACAACGAUUUGAAUAUGCAGCUCUUCAUGAGAAUUGCCCCCGAAUUGUACCUCAAGAUGCUUGUGGUCGGUGGAAUCGAUCGAGUCUACGAAAUUGGGCGACAAUUUCGAAACGAAGGUAUUGAUUUGACGCACAAUCCGGAAUUCACAACAUGCGAGUUCUACAUGGCUUAUGCCGAUUACAACGAUCUGAUGGAUGUCACGGAAGCCAUGAUAUCCGGUAUGGUGAAGGAAAUCCAUGGUACUUACAAAAUUCCUUACCACCCGGAAGGUCCAACGGGCCCUGCCUUUGAAAUUGAUUUCACUCCGCCUUUCAGGCGACUUCGAAUGUUCCCUGAUUUGGAAAAGGCCACGGGAACUAAAUUGCCUCAUCCAGAGAAGCUGGACCUUCCGGAAUCGAGAAAGCAAUUAGACGAUCUGUGUGUCAAGCAUCAAGUCGAUUGCAGUGCUCCCCGGACUGCCUCACGAUUGCUGGAUAAAUUAGUUGGCCACUUUUUGGAAGAACAGUGCAUCAAUCCCACUUUCAUUUGUGAUCAUCCUCAAGUAAUGUCUCCCUUAGCAAAGGGACAUCGUUCGGAACCUGGUCUCACUGAGCGUUUCGAGCUCUUUGUCAUGAAGAAAGAAGUCUGCAAUUCGUACACUGAGUUGAAUGAUCCGUUCAUCCAGCGAGAGCGUUUUGAGCAACAAGCCCAAGACAAAGAAGCCGGCGAUGACGAAGCCCAAAUGAUUGACGAAACGUUCUGUACUUCCCUCGAGUACGGAUUGCCGCCAACUGGAGGAUGGGGAAUGGGCAUUGAUCGUAUGGCCAUGUUCCUGACCAACUCCAACAACAUCAAGGAAGUGCUGUUGUUCCCCGCCAUGAAACCGGAUGACCCCAACAAGCCGAAAGAGGACGUUCCCGAAGCGGUAGAGUGACCUUUUUGGCUAGAAAUGUGAACCUAUGUCCAUCGCAAAAAAAUACACUGCUGGAUCAUACAGGAAA